AUGGCCAAGUUAUCUUGUUCCUAUGUCCUUGUACUCAUGCUUGUGUUCUCAGCUUUUUUUAUGUUCGAAAGAGCUGAGGGAAAGCUAUGUUAUAUGACCAUUGACAAAGGAAAUUCAUGUGAUCCUGUCAUGUGCCGUUUAUUAUGCUUUACGUAUCAUAACGGAGUUGGAAAAUGUUUUGAUGAUCCUAAAGUUCCUGGACCUGCUAAUUGUGGUUGUCUAUUUAAUUGUUAG